UGUCCGCGUUUGCACGGCAAAAGAGAUCGGUUGUGAUAUUGAAACUGAAACUCUUAACUCCGUUAACUUACGUUAACAGUUAAGCUUCCGGGAAAGCACGAAGUCCACGAAGUCUUUCACUUUCUGUAUCUGCAGACAAAUAGGCCAUUUGGACUUUGUGGCUGUGGGAACUAGUUGAAACCCCCUUGAAAUAGAUCCUCGAGAUUGCGACAUCCUCUGCAAUUUUAGUUGGUUUGGAGCAGGCUUUUGGAGAGGUCGUUUAUAUUGAAUAUUUCUGGGAGCUGUAGGCUAAUCAUCCUGUGAAGCCACUUGACCAUGGAUUCCCCAAUGUGCCUGGUCGAAAACGCAGACGGCGAGCUUCAUGUAGUUCCUGGUGCCAUCAAGUACCUGAUGGGACUGAACCAGCAAGUCGUAGUGGUGGCGGUGGUCGGGCUGUACCGCACCGGCAAGUCCUACCUCAUGAACAAGCUGGCUGGAAAGAGAAAAGGUUUUGCCCUGGGAGCCACCAUCCAGUCCAAAACUAAGGGAAUCUGGAUGUGGUGUGUGCCUCACCCUGAAAAAAGACACCACACCCUGGUGCUGCUGGAUACAGAGGGGCUGGGGGACGUGGAGAAGGGAGAUUCUAAGAAUGAUGCCUGGAUCUUCUCCUUGGCCAUUCUGUUAAGCAGUACUCUGGUCUACAACAGUCGAGGGACCAUCGACAAUCAAGCCGUGGAGAACCUCCAAUAUGUGAGUGAGCUGACAGAGCGGAUCAAGGUGAAUUCUUCCAGUGCAGCUUCAUCCUCUCACGAUGACGAGGAAGGAGGGGACGCCCAGUUUGUGCAGUUCUUUCCGAAUUUUGUGUGGACCAUCAGAGAUUUCACUCUACUACUCGAGAUCGACGGCAGAAACGUCACUGAAGAUGAGUAUCUGGAGCAUUCCCUGGAACUCAGAAAAGGUGGGGGUAAAAAGAACCUGAUGUACAACCUCCCACGAGAGUGCAUCCGGAACUACUUCCCCUCGCGCAAGUGCUUUGUAUUCCCCACUCCUACAACUCCUGCCAACAUGCCCCAUCUGGAUUCCAUGGACGAGGCUGACCUCUGUGGAAGCUUCCGAAAGGUUGCAGACACUUUCUGCCGCUUCAUUUUCCAGGAGAGCCGUACAAAAACUGUCAAAGGGGGACACAAAGUAACCGGGAGAAUGCUCGGCCACUUGGUUAAAACCUAUGUGGAGACCAUAGCCAAAGGCUCUGUGCCCUGUCUGGAGAAUGCGGUGCUGGCCAUGGCUCAAAUUGAGAAUCAGGCUGCUGUGGAUGAGGGCCAGGCGGUAUACCAGAGCGGCAUGGAGGAGGUGAAGGCCUUAUUCCCUGUAGACAUGGGUCAGAUUUCAGCUCAUCACCUCCGCUCAGACCACCAGGCCACGCAGGCUUUCAUGAAACGAUCCUUCAAAGACGAAAAUGGGGAUUUCUUGAAAGCGUUGGCGGUGGCCAUUGCAAAGCACUACGCUGACCUUCUCAUCCAGAACGAGGAUGCCUCAGAGAAGAAGUGUGUAGCUCUUCUGGAGAAGCUGUCUGCUCCGAUGGCCCAGAAGAUUAAGGAAGGGAUCUAUGCCACACCUGGAGGAUAUGAGCUUUACUGCAGUCACCAUGACAACAUGGUGGCACAGUACCGGGCCGAGCCUGAUAAAGGAGUUAGGGCUGAGGAGAUUCUUGAGCAGUUCCUGAGGGAGAAGACUCUAGAGAAGAAUUCCAUCCUGCAAGCUGACAAAAAAUUGACCGAAAAUGAGAAAAAGAUCCACGAGGAGAAGGAGAGAUCAGCUGUGCUGGAGCAGGAGAAGAAGGCUGCUGAAGAGAAACGGUUGGAGAUGGAGCGCACCAUGGAGGACAAUCGCAGAAGCAAAGAUGAGAAGUUGAAGCAGAUGGAAGAGAAGAUGAAGGAGGAGAUGAAGCAACAGGAACGGGACUUCCACAGGGCCUUGGAGUGCAAGAUGCAGGAGCAGAAGGAUCUGCUGGAGAAGGGCCACAAGGAGAAGGCUGACUUAAUGAGACAGGAGAUAGAGGAGUUCAAGAAGAGCAACAAACCUGAGAAGGAAGGAGGUGGUUUCCUUGAGUCUACAGUCAUGCCUGUUCUUCGACUUGGAAUGGACGCUGCCAACAUUUUACUUCAAUAUAAGCUCAUGAAGGUAGCUUUUAGGAAGUAAAAACAUUGUGUAUUACUUGAGCAGGUACACAGAUAGACCAUUUCUUAAUUUCCCCCCUUCCACUUUCCUCUUCCAUGUUAGCGGUAAUGCUGCAAUUAGUUGGUUGUAGUUUUGGGUAGGGCAGACAUUUCCAUAUGUUUUUGUUAGCUGCAUGUGUGACAUAACUCCACCAGUCCUAUUUAUGAUAUCUUUUACGAAGAUGAUACUUUUUUGUUUUUGAUCAAUUAGUAUAUUUGAGCGUAACCACAAUUUGUUGUAUAAUUUGUUCUGUCUUUUCUGGUGGAUUAAAUAUAAAUUGCAACCAA